AUUGAAUGCUGACGACCUGCGGCUUUCCACUAUAAUGCUGGGUACAGUGAAGAUGGAAGGACAUGAAACUCCAGACUGGAGCAGCUAUUACAGUGACGCGCAAGAGGUAUACUCAUCAGUGCCCAACAGCGGCAUGAAUGCAGGACUUGGUUCCAUGAACAGUAUGAACAGUUAUAUGGGUAUGUCAACCAGCGGAAAUAUGACCUCCAGUUCCUUCAAUAUGUCCUAUGCGAACCCGGGACUGAGCGCCGGACUUAGUCCUGGAACAAUGGCAGGGAUGCCCCCAGGCGCAGCCACCGCAAUGAACGGAAUGACAGGCGGAGUGUCGGCGAUGGGCGCUGCUCUCAGCCCGACGAACAUGAACGCCAUGUCCGCUCAGCAAGCGACCAUGAACACGCUGACCCCUUACACGAAUAUGAGCCCGGCCAUGAGCCCUAUGGCAUACGCACAGCCCAACCUGAACCGAGCACGGGACACCAAAACCUUCAGAAGAAGCUACCCGCAUGCUAAGCCGCCAUACUCAUACAUAUCUCUUAUAACCAUGGCUAUCCAGCAAUCGCCCAGCAAGAUGCUAACAUUAAGUGAAAUAUACCAAUGGAUAAUGGACUUGUUUCCUUAUUAUCGUCAAAACCAGCAAAGAUGGCAGAAUUCCAUACGACACUCUCUGUCUUUCAAUGAUUGUUUUGUCAAAGUUUCCCGGUCACCAGACAAACCAGGGAAAGGCUCGUACUGGGCCCUGCACCCAGACUCUGGAAAUAUGUUUGAGAACGGCUGUUACCUCCGCAGACAGAAACGCUUUAAGUGUGAGAAAAAGUUAUCUGGGAGUAAAGGAUCGGAUGGAAGGAAAGACCAAUCCGGCGGGUCAGGGUCGUCUCCAAACGACAAUGGCAACAAGGUCGGCCAUAUGGACACCAACUCCAUUUCCAGUUCCAAUCAGUCGUCUAGUCCUCAUAGCAUGGAUCACACGAGCAGUAACACCUCCGAACUGAAGGGUAGCGUGCCACCGGUACACCCUUCGGCCACUUCAGCCACGGCCUUGUCCUCAAUCCCCUUACCUCCCCACUCGAUGUCCCACGAGUCUCAGCUGCACCUCAAAGGAGAUCCCCAUUAUUCCUUCAACCACCCAUUUUCCAUCAAUAAUCUAAUGUCAUCUUCAGAACAACAGCACAAAUUGGACUUGAAAGCCUAUGAGCAAGCGUUGCAAUACUCAUCAUACGGGUCCGGCAUUUCAUCCAGCCUGCCUCUGGGCAGCGCAUCCAUGGCCGGAAGAGCCAGCAUGGACCCAUCAGCAAUAGAGGCGUCUUACUAUCAAGGUGUGUAUUCAAGACCUGUUCUUAACACGUCCUAGUCUC